UUCAUGUUUCCUAGACAUUGUUUAAUACCAAGUUGCUACAUCACUUUUGGUCCGAGAAGUUGCUUUGACUUUGAAUAUAAAAAAUCCUAAAUCUCCUCACCGUCUGUUUGAAUCUUUAGGGUGAUUUUGAUGGGCUCUGCUUUUACAUUCGACACAAGUUUGUAAGUGCUUGAUCUGUCUCAGAAAGAAGCAUGGAUGAUAAUUCCAAAGAUGUAAUCAAUUCUUUACCAGACAAUCUUCUUUGCCAUAUCUUGUCAAAUCUGUCUACUAAAGAAGCUGCUUUGACAUCACUUCUCUCAAAAAGAUGGCGGUAUCUUUUUGCUUUUGUACCAAAUCUUGAUUUUAAUGCCUUCUCCUCUCUGCAACCCGAGACUGUGUUGCAAGACCAGACAAGUUUUAUAGAUUUCGUGGACAGAGUAUUGAAAUUGAGAGGAAAAGAUCAUAUCAACAAGUUCUCUCUGAAAUGUGGAGAUGGUAUUCAGGAUGAAGACGUCUUCCCUUGGAUAUUAAAUGCUUUGAGACAUGGUGUAUCAGAUCUUGCUCUACAUGUCUCUCCCUCAUUAGUCUAUUGGUUGCCUUCAAAGGUUUUUGCGAGUAAGACACUGGUUAGGCUGAAGAUAGGACCCAAAGAUGGUCCCAGAAUUAAACUGAGAAAUGUUUGUCUUCCAAAGCUCAAGACUCUAAAUCUAGAUUCGGUUGUGUUUGAAGAGGGUGAGAUUGGGUUUGCAAAGCUGCUUUCUGGUUGUCCCCUGCUUGAGGAAUUAAGCUUGCUUAAUCUUUCGUGGGAUUAUUGGGAUUCUUGCUCUGUGUCUUCAAAAAUCCUCAAGAGAUUAACUCUAUGUUGUUCAUACUGUGGCGGAAAUCCAAAGAGUGUAUCAUUUGAUACUCCAAAUGUUGUCUACUUUGAAUAUUCUGAUAAUAUUGCGCGCAAGUAUCCACAAAUGAAUUUCGAUUCGCUGGUUGAAGCUAGUAUCUGUACUCGUAUGACUAAUGAUCAGAAAGCAAAUGCGAGAUAUGUAUCAGAUGUUGAUGAGGAGACAGAGAUGGUUGGCAAUGCAAUGAAUCUUCUUAUGGGAAUAUGCAGUGUGAAGACCCUUUACUUAUCUUGUGACACUCUUGAGACACUUAGUUUUUGCUGUCAAGCGAUACCGGUAUUCAACAAUUUGACUCAUCUAACUAUUGAGAGUCAUCCGGAACUAGGAUGGGAAUCACUGCCAAAUCUGCUCAAGAAUUGUCCAAAUCUUGAAACACUUACCUUCCAAGGACUCCUUCACAAAGCAACAGAGAGAUGUGGGGAUGUGUGCUUGUGCCAUGGUUUGAAGAAUAGUCUAUCUUGCUUAUCAUCAAGUCCGGUGAAGCUUCUAAAGAUAUUAAAAAUUGGAGAAACCAAUGAUGAUGACAAUAAGGAGAUAGAGAUAGAGCAGGUAAAGAAUUUCUUGGAGAAAAUGCCAAAUCUUGAACAACUCAUAAUAUACUACAAUACAUCAAACGAGAAUGAUCUAGUUGAAGUGUCAAGCCAACUUGAGAUGGUUCCUGCAGUAGCUUCACUCAAGUGCAAGAUUCAAGUUAUCUCUGAUAACCUUAGCUUGUCAUCCACUUUGCCCAGUUCCUAGUCGAUGAAAUACGGAUUGCAUGUCUAGCAUAUCCUUACUGGUUUGAGUGGUUUCGUGGAAUCAGUAAUACAGUCUUGUCUCAUUUACCAUGGAAGCUAUAUAUGGAUGUGUCUAUGGCUAAAAAUAUAUUAAAACUUAAAUUUAAGAUUCUCUUGUUUCUGUUGUUUGUAAUUUGCUGCAUAUAACAAAAAGCUCUCAUCCUUGUGUGUUUAUGCUUGUGUUGUGAGAAACUUGAGUUGUAGUUCGAGUUAUUUCUUUUGGCAUGUUAAAAUGUUUUGAGUUA